AUGGGAGAAGAUCAAAAAGUCAACCUAAAAACAAAGAAAAUAAUGAAAUGCCCCAAAAAUCCUAAUAAGGAAUAACAUAGCAAAUUAUUGAAAUUAUUGCUACUGUUAUCAGACUUACACAAAGAUCUUGACAACUUAGAAGGAUCUUGUCCAAAAGAGUUCUAAAAAAUACCUAAAUAGAAUCCAAAGUCGAAGGGAAAAGACUCCAAAUUUUAAAGUAAAUCUAAAUCAACUUCCACAAAAAGUCUCAAAUGA